AUGGCUCUCUCUCUGCUGCUCUCUGCCUGUCUGUUGGGAUGUUUGGGCCUGACCCCCCCUGCCGAGCUCCCUCAGCCUUACAACCACCUCCCCUCACUGGGCUUCAACAGCAGCGAUGGCGGCCUGUCUGUGGAUCUGCCCGUGCCUCUGAGGGUUUUCAGCGUGGACUACAACCAUGUGCAGGCACCCUUUGAGAUCGUGCUGUGGAUCAUGCUGGCCUCACUGGCCAAACUGGGUUUCCACUGGUCUGGUCGACUUCCUGCAGUCGUCCCAGAGAGCUGUCUCCUCAUCAUGGUGGGGCUCCUGGUGGGAGGUGUGAUAUAUGGUGUUCGUCACUCCGCUCCCCCGACUCUCAGCGCUGAUGCCUUCUUCCUCUUUCUGCUCCCGCCAAUCGUCUUGGAUGCGGGAUACUUCCUGCCAGGGAGGCUGUUCUUUGAAAAUCUCGGUACCAUCCUCUGGUAUGCAGUGCUGGGAACCUUAUGGAACGUGCUGGGCAUCGGCCUGUCUCUGUACGGUGUGUGUGUGCUGGCCCAGAGCUCUCUGGGAGACGUCUCUCUGCUUCACUGCCUGCUGUUUGGCUCUCUGAUCGCUGCCGUCGACCCCGUGGCCGUGCUCUCUGUCUUCCAGGAGAUGCAUGUUAACGAACAACUGCACAUCUUGGUGUUUGGAGAGUCGCUGCUCAAUGACGCUGUUACUGUGGUUCUCUACAAGCUGUUUGAGUCCUUCCUCCGCCUACCAUCAGUGUCAGGACUGGAUGUGUUGCUGGGUGGGUGCAGGGUGGUGAUGGUGGGCCUCGGUGGCCUGUGUGUAGGGCUCUUCUUUGGCCUGGUGGCGGCCCUCACCUCACGGUUCACCUCCAGAGCCCAGGUCAUCGCCCCGCUCUUUGUCUUCCUCUACUCCUACUUGUCCUACCUGACCUCAGAGAUGCUUCACCUCUCUGGUAUCAUGGCCAUUGUGACCUGCGCCGUCACCAUGAAACAGUAUGUGGAGGCUAAUGUGUCAGAGCGCAGCAAGACCAGCAUCCAGUACUUCCUGAAGAUGUGGAGCAGCGUGAGUGAAACCUUAAUCUUCAUCUUCCUGGGGGUGUCCACGAUACAGGACGUCCAUAUGUGGAGCUGGCCCUUUGUCUGCUCCACACUGCUGCUCUGCCUCGUAUGGAGGGCCACAGGUGUUCUGUUGCUGACUGCUGUGGUGAACAAGCUCCGGAGGAAUGCCGUGACCUUUAGAGAUCAGUUCAUCAUUGCCUACGGUGGCCUGAGAGGGGCGAUCUGUUUCUCCCUCGUCUUUCUCAUUGAUGACUUCCCAAAGAAAAGACUCUUCAUCACAACAACCAUUGUGGUCAUUCUCUUCACUGUCUUUGUACAGGGGAUGACCAUAAGGCCUCUGGUGGAGCUACUGGAUGUGAAGAGGAAGAAGAGAGCUAUGCCUACUGUCAGUGAGGAGAUCCACAGCAGGCUCAUUGAUCACCUGCUGGCCGGAAUAGAGGAUGUGGUUGGUUACUGGGGACAGCACUUCUGGAAAGACAAGUUUGAGCAGUUCAACAAAAAGUACCUCCGUCGUUUCCUGAUCCGGGAGGACCACCAAGCUCGCUCCAGCAUCCUCCGAGUUUACCAGGAGCUGGAGAGAAGGGAGCUGAGAGGAGACAAGGUGGCACCACCACUAGUGGAUCCUCGCUCCCACAGCCGUCCUCUCUUACCAGAGGAGAUUGACAGCAUCAGGCGUAUCCUCUCCAGAAACCUUCAAAACGUUAACAAUAAGCAGACGCCGGCUUACAGCAGACACACUCUGCACCAGGACGCCACCAUGGACAAAACAAGGAGACCCCUUCAAAGACACCAGAGUCUGGGAGAGAGAUACAAUUAUAAUACAAUCACACAGUGGUCACAGCGGGAGGAUAGAGUGUUCGAUGGAUCACGCAGAGUGAGAGCAGGACUCAGCAGGUCUCACACAGUGUGCUCCAUAAGCCCGAGGCCAAUUCUGCAGGAUUCAUCAGUCCCAGCAGCCUUGGCUCAGACUGAACCAGUGGAUCCAAAAUCCUCAGCUGCCAGAGAGGACCAGAUCUCUCCACAACAUCAAGUACCUGGGGGGAGAGCCCCUAAAAAACAGCUCAUCUUUGUUUUGGAGAACGAGAAGCAGCAAUGAGGACCGACUGUGAGAAAGAAAAAGGGGGGAAAAGAAAUCUGAAGCAAUGAAUUUAAAAAUGGCUCCAUAAAGUCAUAAGUUACUAUUUGUGGGAUGCAGGACUGGGUUGAUGAAAGGUUUUUUAGCAAUUUCAUGGACAUCCUCCAAUUAAAAUUUUUAAAAUGGGUUAAAUAAUUCACCUUCCAGUUUUAUC